AUGGUGGAAGCGUCGUUGAAAAUCGUGAAGCCGGAGGGCAUGAAGCCGGAUGAGCUGGAGAAGCAGGUGUCCAAUGCAAUCGCCGACUUGGAGAACAAUCCGGACAUCAAAGCUCAGCUCCGCGAACUGCACAUCGUCGGCGCAAAGGAGGUGGAUGUUCCAAAUGCUCAUAUCAAAAAGAGUAUUAUUGUGUACGUGCCUAUGCCACAGCUGCGGCAGUUCCAGAAGAUACAGCAACGUCUUGUGCGCGAGUUGGAGAAGAAGUUCAGUGGCAAGCAUGUCGUCUUCAUCGCCAGGCGGCGUAUACUGCUAAAACCAAAACGCGGUAAGAACAGAAGACCACAGAAGCAGAAGCGUCCGCGUUCUCGUACGCUCACGGCAGUGCAUGAUGCGGUGCUGGCGGAUCUUGUCUACCCAGCUGAAGUAGUUGGACGAAGGUUCCGAGCAAAACUCGAUGGGAAGCGCAUUAUGAAAGUGCAUCUUGACAAAGCACAACAGACCACUGUUGAACAUAAGGUGAGCCAUGCUGCAGCUGACAUAGAUUUAGUAGUAUGCAGUUGGGUAUAG